AUGAGCAUUGAAUUCACUUCCGUGGGUUUUGCUUGCGAGAUGACGGAUGAUAUAGUUAAAAUUUACACUAUUGAACACGGCCUCAUUGAGAUGAAAAACACUGGGGACUUGGAACUCGGUGCAUGGUAUGAUAUCACGGAAAGUGAAAUCGAGCCUUUCCUCAAUUUUGACGAAAAAAUAUGCGAAGUUUGGGAGGAUGAUGGAGAAGUAUUCGCUAAAGUCUUGGCUAUUGGGCCAAACCAUUUUUCUCUCCCAAAGGACAUAAGGAUCAAGUAUAAAUAUGCUGUAUGGUCGCCAUUCCUCAAGUUCUUGGACGAUGGAGACAAUCUUUUCAAGGACAAUAUUAGAGGAGGAGAUGUUGUCGAAAUAAUCGUCAAGUAUUCUCCUUCAGAGAAACACCUCUUCAAAAUUGUGGAUCUCAUCAAGGAGGAUUAUUCGUGCGAGGCCGCUUACGUCCGUAUGGCACCAUGGACUGUCGACUUCAUCGGACAAAAAAUAAAGGAGAUUGCUUACCCUCGGGAAAAUUCUAUUGCCCUCAAUCAAUAUGCUAAAAUCAAAAACGAAAACUUCGUCGUUGGAGUAUGCAUCAACGCGGAGUACGAUAACGUGGCACGCCCAAAAGGAAGAAACUUCGCUGACGGCGGUAAAGAAAAAUGCUCCUAUCUCUUCACACCGACCCAUGGUUUGUGUCGUUGGGUUAUCAAAGAUAUGAAGGCAGAUGUGAAGGGACCAUCGGUCUCACAACCCGCUGAGUAUAAUGUGGCUGACGACAUGUUCACAGUGGACAAAAGGCUUGGAAAUUGGGUUACUUUCUGCUUGCUGGAAUCCUCGACAUACCGACGUAAACAACACAACAAAAGAACUGUUGCUUUGCUCCAUUCAACUGCCACCAAAGUCGCAGAACUUCAAGAUCCGCCAAAAGAAACGCGAGUUGUUAAUGGUCAAGUUGAGAUGGAAGCCAGCUUCCUUUUUGGCCAUGUUGCACUUGAGACGGAGGAGAACCGUCUCAUCAAGGACUGGCAGAUCAGAUUCAAGGGCCUAAGCACGGACGCACAUUUCUGGGACCCCUAUUUGGGGCGCAUCGAAAUAUACCCCAACAACGCAAAGCUCAUUCUACAGACCAUUGAGGCACAUCGUCACAAUCUGGACCAACAAGAGGCCAAAAAACUGGAGAACGAAGCGAUCGUGGUUUCGGUCACAGCAAUUGUCCACAGAAAUUUUUUGGAAAACUUCGAGAAAUAUCCAACCCAGGGAGUUUUUGUUGCCAAGUCAGUCGACACCAUUUGCUACCUCAAUGGCGGAAGAUUGAUUUAUCAGAAAUGA